UCACUCUUGCCAGAAACCCUAUGUGUGUAAUGAGUGUGGGAAGGCAUUCAAGACCAAAAAUCAGCUUUCUAUGCACCAGAUAAUCCACACAGGGGAGAAACCCUUUAACUGUAGCCAGUGUGGGAAGGCCUUCAACAGUAGAUCAGCUCUUUGCCGACAUAAAAAAACGCACAGUGGGGAGAAGCCUCACCAGUGCAGCGACUGUGGGAAGGCCUUCAAGACCAGGAACCGUCUCAGGAUGCAUCAAAUCAUCCACACUGGGGAGAAGCCUUAUGAGUGCAGUGGCUGUGGGAAGGCCUUUCAGUUUAAGCAUUCCCUUAUCAUCCAUGGCAGAAGCCACACUGGGGAGAAACCCUAUGAGUGUGAGGAGUGCGGGAAGGCCUUCAGCGGGAGUUCAGACCUCAUCAAACACACAAGAAUCCACACUGGGGAGCGACCUUAUGAGUGCAGUGAGUGUGGGAGGGCCUUCAGCCGAAGCUCAGACCUAAGCAAACACACAAGAAUCCACACUCAGGAGAAACACUGUGGGUGCCCUCAGUGUGGAAAAGCCUUCAGCAGCAAGGCAGAGCUCACCAAACACAGAAGAAUCCACACUGAAGAGAAGCCUUACAAGUGUAAGGAGUGUGGGAAAGCCUUUCGUCAUAACUGUAAACGCAGGGCUCAUGAACGAGAACACACUGGGGAGAAGCCCUAUCGAUGUGGGGAUUGUGGGAAAACUUUUCAGGAUCGGCACUGCCUUACCAUCCAUCAAAGAAUCCACACUGGAGAGAAACCGUAUAAAUGUUCAGAGUGUGGUAGAGCUUUCAGUGGGAAAUCAAACUUGACCAAUCAUCAAAGAAUCCACACCGGAGAGAAGCCUUACAGAUGUGAGGUGUGUGGAAAGGCCUUUUAUCAUAGUUCAGUCCUGAGGCAGCACAGAAGAAUCCACACUGGUGAGAAGCCAUAUACCUGCAGUGAGUGUGGCACGUCUUUCCGUCAGAGCUCAGCUCUGAUUGGACACAAGCGAGUUCAUACUGGGGAGAAACCUUAUGAAUGUGAGGAGUGUGGAAAAGCUUUCAGAGUGAGCUCAAAUCUUACUGGACAUAAGAAAAGAAAACAUAGAGUGUGGGGAACCCACAAACUUGAUGAGAAUGGGAAAUCCCUCUCUCCAGUAACCUGUUCUCAGACUUUUUCAUUCAUCAAUAUUUUGACAACCAACACUUGAGGGUAGUGAUUCUGGUGUUUACACUUUCUCAUUUCUCCUUCUACUUCUUACACUGGUCCCUCUUGUCUCCUGUAUUGGUUCUUCCUGGUUCCCUGACCCCCUAAUUGUGAGACCCCACCAAGCCUUUGUCCUUGACCUUCC